AUGGAAUCUGAAAGCGAUGUUCUAUCAGGUUUCUGGACCAUAUUCGGUAUAGUGAUGUGUACCGCAGUUUUCUAUUGGCAGGCGCGCGUGGUAUUCUCAAAAGGUGGUACUGCUGCGAGACUAACAGACGCAGACAUUGCUGAACUAAGAAUGAUCUCGGUGUUUAAACCUAGCCAAUUGAGGAUGUUGUACAAGAGAUUCAAACGCUUAGAUAAGGCCAACAAGGGAUUUAUAAAUGCUGACGACAUGCUGAGUAUACCGGAGCUGGCUAUGAAUCCUUUG